CCGCUCAAGUCGUUUCCUUGGCUUGAAGUCCCGAAACGAUGUCUGGGUCUUCAGCCCACCCCGAGUCGUCUGAUGUGCCCUCUACUCAGAGGUCUGCCAUCCUGGAUCUGCCGGUGGAUGAGAAGGGCUUUGUGUCCGAGGCCGACCGCGACGCGCAGUUCCGGCGGCUGCGGAUGAAGCUGGAGAACCGGGGCUGCUUUGACUGCAACGCCCGCAACCCCACCUGGAUGAGCCUCACCUAUGGCGUCUACCUGUGCCUCACCUGCAGCGGAAACCACAGGAGAAUGGGCGUGCACGUGUCAUUCGUCAGGUACUGUACAAGGACACACAGACAGACAGACGGGGCAGACAGACAGACCUGAGAGAGAGAGAGAGAGAGAGAGGCGAGACGGCGGGGGGUAUGUGGCUGCAGGUCUUGUGAGCUGGACAAAUUCACGAGGGAGCAGCUGACCCGGAUGGAGCUCGGUGAGCGCACCCACACAAGCAACACACAAGCCGAGAGGCCCGACACACUGUCAUGUGUUUGUUUGUCAAGGCGGCAACGGCAAGGCCCGAAGCUACUUCAAACAGCACGGGUGAGCAGACAGCGACGGACGGGACGAGAAAAGCCGUCCUCUCUCCUCUCGCUUCCAUCUCUCUCUCAUCCAUCUCUGCCUGCCGCUGGAGAGAGAUGCUCAGGUUGUUGGACGGGAAGCAUGUCGACUACCACAGCAAAAUGGCCCACAAGUACAAGCACCACCUCGACGUACGUACAAUGGAAACAAACACGCCAGCCAGCCAGCCAGAGAAGAGAGAGAGAGAUGAUGAGAUGGUGUGCAUCGCAUCGUUUGCUGCGAUGCUGUGCCUGGCUGUCUUGCCUUUUCAGAAAUUGGUAGCCGGUGCGUUGGGUCGCGACUUCAAGAGAGGCGACACGGGACUUAGUGAAGGUAGGUCCACAUAACGAAUCGAUGGAUGGAUGGAUGGAUGCGUGUAUUGGUUGAUCCCCCAGAGAGUCCCAUUGCGUCAGCGGGCAGCCCCGGUGGCCCGUCAGCCGCCGGUGGCGCCAAGCCGUCCCUCCCCCCGCCAGUCUCCCCUUUCGGCUCCACCACCACACCAGCCCCAUCCCUCGCACCCGCACCAGCAUCACCACAGCAGCAGCAGCAGCAGCCGAAGGAGCCACACCACCCCCCCAUCCACCGGCCGGCCCAGCCGAUCGCCAUCAAGCCCGCGAGCGCCCCGUCGGGUCGCGGCCCUGUGCAUGUCCACGGGCAGCACCAUGGAGUGCACGUCGGGGGUCAGCUCAAGGCCCAGCGGCUGGAUGUGGGCUUUGAUUUCGACUCGCUGGAGAAGGAGCUGCAGCAAAACGAGGCGCAGGCCACCAAGGCCGGCGACAAGGCCGGCGGGCAGUCGCUCUCCGCUGCUGUCGGUGAGUGAGUUAGGGGGAGGGGGCAGUGAUUCAGGAGGCUCUUCGUCUUGUGGGGUGACCUGCGGUGGUCCGUAUGUGUCUGUGUGAAUGUCAGCUGAGGCGUUAAAGGCCGACGGGACGUCCCCUGUAUCCAUCAAAGGCGCAGAGUCGCCCGCCAAACCUGACGCCACCAAGGCCUCAAUCAGCAGCACGUACGGACGUCACCCAGACAGACGGACAAAGGCAAAGGCAAAGGCAUACCCGUGUCGUCGUGUGUCAUGAAUGUCCCCCGUGCUGCAGGAAUCGCCUGUCAGCGGCGACGUCCGCGGGCGGCAAUGCGGGUGGUGGGCGGUGGGAGAAGGCCAAGUCCAUUUCUUCGGCGGACUUCUUCGCAGACCCGUAAGUGCACAAUACCUACAGCUGUCUCUCUCUCGGCUGAAUCAAUCUGACAGCUGGGUGUUGUUGCUGCUGCGGGUCCCCUUCAGAUCUCGCCAGAGCGCCGCUGAGCGGAUGGACAUUCAGAACAGGAUAAGUGCAAUGUCGUCGCAUCAGGCCAUCUCGUCAAAUGCCUUCUUUGGAAAUCCCUCAGCUGACCCCUCGGUGCGCCCGACCACACGUGCACAUAUUCCAGACAAUGGAUUGCGGAUGGACGUUCUGUGUGUCUGUAUAUAUCUCUGUCUGUCUCUGUCUGUGCUGCAGGGCGUUGCCGGCGACGGACGGGCAUCGUGUAAAUGCACAUGGCCCUUGUGGCAAUGAAUGGGUGCAGUACGGCGUUUCCUGAUUGAUGUGUGUGCGCUUCAGUUGACGACCUGACGGAGCAGGCGCGUCAGGGUAUCUCCAAUAUGGCAACCAACGCCAAACAGGUGCGUCUGUGCGUUUGUGUGGGUGGGGUGAUCCAGGCCCUGGACGAACCCGUCGAGUGAGUCGAUGGCUGGUGUCCCUGUGUGUGGUGUGGUGUGGUGUGUGCAGGGUGUGAGGGCAGCCAAGGACUGGCUGCAGCUGCAACUCAACCGCUGAUCUGAUCUGACCUGAUCUGGGAUGUAGGGAUGGAUGGAUGGAUAAUUGAGGGGAUAAUUGAAGGGAUAAUUGCGUGGUCGUGUGCCGCUUAAUGACAUGGGACUCAUUAUCUGUCAAUGAGAGACAGGAGAGGGAAAGACAAAUGAAUAAAUAAAGGGCCGAGGCAUUGCAAUGCAUUCCAUGGCAUGUGUGUGUGCGGCGUACUGUAGACACACGUGUGUGAUGCAUGUUGUGUUGUGUGUGGGUCUGGUCUUCUUCAUCGUUUUCAAUCAUCAAUCAAUGCGUGUGUCGUGUGUGUGUCCGUGCCGUGCCAUUCGUGUGAUGGGACGACUGAUCGACUGAUACACAUACAUUACAUGCACAGCGGCUAAGAGAGGUGCAUCGCUGUCUGCGUGCUGGACAGAAAAGACAAAACACUGGCCGUGACGACGGCUACGUGUGGAAAAACCUGUCUAUCAGUCAGUGAACGGACGCGUACCCCC